GGAGGAGGAAGAGGAGGAAGGGGCGCGGCGCCGCUCCGCGGGCGCGCUGCUGCGCGGGGGCGGCAGAGCAGUGCAGGGCAGGGCGCGGCGGCAGGACAGGCGGACAAGGAGGACAGGAGGACGAGCAGACAGGAGGACGAGGAGGGCAGGAGGACAAGCAGUGUCAGUGUUUUCGGUGUCAGCGUCCGCGGGUGCCGCCGAGGAGCCCCGGCAAUUAUGUCCCUGCUCCAUACGUCCGUCCGACUUCGCACUCGCUUGAAAGGCAGACCGACCUGAAUGCGGCGGUGCCGGCAGGAUGGGGCGGGCAGCGAGGCUUCGUUUCACCACCACAUCGGUUGUGCCUGGAUGGCUCCUCCUGGGCAGGGCGCCCUGAAGUGUUCCCCAAGGAAAAGAGACCAAAGCAACGUCCAGGAGUGCUGAUACAGGGACGUGAGAGGUGGUGAUUACUUGGAUUGCAGGAGAGACUCGCCAUGCAGGACAAGAGGCAAGUGAAAGCCAACCACUUGUUCCCGCUCAGGGUGAAGGCAGCUGCAGACUCUUCCUGCACAAAAAUGAUAUUGGCAUCGCUGAGUUGCACUGGGAUUUGCAGUUACUCCCUGUGCAUGCAGUUUAUGGAAAUGGUAGAAAUAACAAUGUGAGGAGCAGUGGCAGAGCACUGGGCUCUCUCAGGAGCCAGAGCUCUGCAUAUGUAAGCCAUUAAGAUCCCAGCAAAGUGGAAACAUGCCUUUAGAGAGGCAGCACGAGCCCAAAGCCUGCAAGUUUCUCCACAUGGCUGAAGGAGAUCUGCCCAUUUCUGUCAGCUGUUUGAGUCCCUCCUUAACCCUUUAGAGCAGGGAAGCCUGAAAGAGAGCUGAAGCAGCUGAAGCCCUCAUGGCUACAAGAUGUUGGAGCAGGAGGACACCGGCAGCCUUGGUCCUCCAGGAUGACCCAGGCUCGUGCCUACCAGAGGAGCUCCUGGGCUGGCCUUUCUCCAUAGCUCCUGAACACCAUCCUGGAACACUGUUUGCUGGGGCAGUGGCUCUCCUGGGGAUGCCUCCUCUAUUUUCUCACGGCCUGUUCUUGGGGUGAAACUGAUUGUCCUUUGCAGUUCCUUGCAUCUUUCCAAUGCACUGCAGAGGGACCUCAGACACUUAGUUUGGCAGACAUGGGGCAAGGUGAGUCACAUGUGCACGGUACAGUGACUGGGACAGGAGACUGCCAGCUAAAUGCAAAAGCACAUGGCUGUCCACACAGCUUGCAGAGCAGCAGCGGUGCCCGCAAUGUUGAGGAUUCUCUGACCAGCUUGCAUCUGGUGCUAGCGGCGCACCUGACCUUUGCUGAACCAUUUUCAGGGAUAGCCAUUUAAAUUUCAAUAUCACAGAGGGCACACUAGGACCUGGCUGUCAGUCAGAACAGAUGUAAUUAAUGUCUGUGGUUCGUGAGGGAAAGCUUUUAGCCGGACGGCUCCCCAGCCACCGCUCUGCUGCUCCACCUGAAGCCCGAGUGUCUGCGGAUGGGAUUUCUUCCUCUGCCCGGCUCCUACAUUUGCUUUUGUGUGGUGGCCGAACCCUGAGCAGUGUGCGUGGAUUUAUAAGCACCGAAACCUUUGGUGCAGCGACCUUUGCAGCUGAGGAGAGAGCAUAUUCCUGAAGAGGCUAGAGUUGCUGUACGUGGGGGAUGGAUGCUCUGCCUUUCCUCAAUUACCCUGAAUGCAAGCAGCUGUUGUGAAGGGAGGAGUCACUUUAUGGAAAUGAAGAGGCAUAAGUGUCCCUACAGAUGUCCCACAAGAAGGAAGAUUCUGAUUCUGUGUUUCACGGGGUGGGUGAUUGCACUCCUGAAACUCCUCCACGUUGAAAGACACUUUUUUCCAUCUAAGGGCAUUUAUUUGGUUGAGCACUUCUUGAGCACUUCUUCUUAUGUUAGAAACAGGUAUUCCUAUCUUAGAAAUCACUUUCAGUAUGAAAUUAAUUGUUCAUCUAUAUAUGAACAAGAUCCCCAAGAAAUUGGCAAGAGUUUAGAGAUAAGAAGAAAAGAUAUAAUUGAUUUAGAUGAUGAAGAUAUCAUAGCAAUGACGAAUGAUUGCCACAUUUAUCGCAUACUUAGGAAAUACCACCUAAAACCUGUUUCUCCAGAGGAAGAGAAUUUUCCAUUAGCCUAUUCUUUGGUUGUUCACAAAGAUGCAGUAAUGGUAGAAAGGCUCAUACAUUCACUGUACAGUCAUCAAAAUAUAUACUGCAUCCAUUAUGACCAAAAAGCAACAAAAAGUUUCAAAUCUGCUAUGAACAAUCUAGCUAAAUGUUUCCCCAAUAUUUUCAUUGCUUCAAAACUGGAGACAGUGGACUACGCACAUAUUUCGAGGCUGCAAGCAGAUUUCAAUUGUUUGUCUGAUCUGAUGGACUCUACAGUUCCCUGGAAGUAUGUUAUUAACUUGUGUGGACAAGAUUUCCCUUUGAGGUCAAAUUUCCAAUUGGUUGCUGAACUGAAGAAACUCAAUGGGGGAAACAUGCUGGAAACUGUAAAGCCAAGCAGCAGCAAAAGAGAACGAUUUACUUAUCACUAUGAACUUAUGAAAGUGCCUUAUGAAUACAUGCAGAUGCCUGUGAAAACCAACGUUUCCAAGAACCCGCCACCUCAUAAUAUUGAGGUAUUUGUAGGCAGUGCCUAUUUCGUUUUAAGUCGAGCUUUUAUUCAGUACACCCUCAGAAGCUCUCUUGCAAAAGAUUUUUUUGAUUGGUCACGGGAUACCUACUCUCCAGAUGAACAUUUCUGGGCCACUCUUGUACGUGUUCCUGGGGUGCCUGGGGAAAUUUCGAGGUCAGCCCAGGAUAUCACAGACCUUCAGAGCAAAACUCGUUUGGUGAAAUGGAAUUAUCUUGAAGAACAUUUAUAUCCUCCAUGCACUGGUACCCACCUUCGCAGUGUCUGUAUCUACGGGGCUGCAGAAUUACGAUGGCUUAUGAAUUAUGGGCAUUGGUUUGCCAAUAAGUUUGACUCCAAAGUAGACCCCGUCCUGAUAAAAUGUUUGGCAGAAAAACUGGCAGAGCAACAGAAAGAGUGGGUUUAUUUGUCCUCUGACAAAUAUUUUCUGCGUAUAAGUUAUGUGAAUGCCUCACUAUAGCAGUACCAUUCUCCCUGCUGUCAGUAUUGUGUACUGCUGCAGCAUGGGGCCUGGAGUUCCGCCCUGACCUGCUGCAGGAGGCUGGCAGGAGAACUGCUCCUUCUGCAUACGGUCCAGGGCUCUGGGGAGACGUGCGCCUGGGCACCUAUUUAUGAAAAGUCAUGUCUCUCUGGUUAACCAUUUUGUAACUUGCUACAACGAUCCUGUUACUGUUCUUCAAGGUGAUUCUGGAAGGGUAAGGUUUGCUUUUGGAGACUCUGGCACUAUCCUAAUGGAAUAUUCCAGAAAUGUUUUACAUUAAGUGUGUUUGCGUCUUUCUUAAGGAACCCUGCCAUGCCUGUUUGCCUUUCCCCUUUUCCUUCACUUUUGUUUUUCGUUAAGGUGUGAAUCAAAGACCUCUAUAUCUGCUACCUCAGGAAAACUGGAAGUGCCCAGCUCACAGACAAAGCCAAGAGAACAAUGCGACACCACAUGAGCUAUGCGGCCUCCCCGGCCAGCCUGAAGCCCCAAACUCCCUUUCUGCAGGAGUGAGCAGAGAUCUCUGUAACGUGAACGUGGCCGGAUGGCACAAGGAGGAGAAGUCCUUGGACACCACAUUGCACGUAGCAUUUCUUCCUUCUUCCAGCUCAUCUGCGCGUUGUCUUUCUUUCUGUGGAGUGUGUGUUCAGGGGCUGUGCCAUGCAUGUGGAGUGGAUGGUGGUGGAUUGAAAACAACCUCUGUGAACACGUGUGAAUAAUGCACUACUCUUCUUCAAGGGUAGCAAGGGUUUGUCCUAAUGGCAGCCCCUAAAAGUAGAUACCCAUGCCAAAAGAUGUCUGCCUUCAUAUCUAUCCCUGCCAAUAGAAAUACCCUCCUGUGAAAUCACAGUCUUUUUGGGACAGUAUUUUUACACGUGGUGGAUAACAACUGCUAUUUCUAAUUAACACUGAGCAGUCUGGUGCUAUUAGGAAACACAAAACAUGCUACAUCCAGCAGCAAUCAUCAGAACAGCCAUGCUGCAGAAAUGAAGGCCCUGUGUAGAAGUGGCUUUUUGUGCAAGUCUUACAGCCUCACACUGCCACGACCCCAGGCUGACGUGUCCCUGCUUUAGAGCAGUUCAGAGUUACAGCAGCCGUACUCUAGGCCACCCAUGCUUCCCAAGGCCCAUGUCAGGCCUGCUGGUAGCAAAGGGGUUGGGUGGCUUCCUCUCAGCUGGGCUGCCACACCACAGGCUGAGGGAAACCUUGGUCAGUGCAGGAUUCUUGUGGCUAAGAAAUGCCCCUUGGCAUUUUGGGGGAUUCUCUGCAAUGUUGCCGUGCCACCAGCUCAGUUUUGGUGGUUCCAGAGGACUCUGCAGUCUAGCUUUCUCUGUGUUACUGUCCCAUUUCUAUGCACCUGGCUCUUAUGAGAGGCAUUCUCUCAUGGGUGGCUUCAGGAUAUCUGGUUUUACCGACCCACGAGAUGCCACAAUAAUCAUGUUGCCCUGCAUCCACGAGAAAACUUUGUUUCUUCUUUGAGUUGAAGGAACCAAGUCAUUCCUUGGUCUGGGAUUUUGUUUCUAAGUGCAAUCCUGGUCAGCUUGUUUGUGGCUUGAGGAUGGGUUUGAGUCAAUAGUCGUGGGCCUUUUCCCCCAUUUGUGACACUGAUUUCCAAUGAGUCCUCAGACAAGUCAUCUGAUUUUUCUGUUCCAGCUGUAAAAUGGGAACAACAAUGCUCUACUACCUUGUUAAGCACUUACAAAUGUAUGGAUGAUGUCUGUGGUGGGUUGUUUGCACAAUAGUAAUUGCUGAUCAAAACCAUUUAUGAAGUUUGUGUGUGUGCAAGUCAAGUAUCUCUUUGAUGUACUGUUUCUCAAAUAAAGGGGGAUUAUUUUUAAAGUGUGUGUUUGCUAUUUUGGUGAUUUGCUAUGUCUGCCUAGAGCUGUUCUGACUUGACUGGAGUUAUAGAAAUUUUGUAGAAUAUGAGAUAUUGGCAGUAUGUACAGAUUCAUACAUCCGUACUUAUAUAUAAAAGUAGAGAAUUCCACAUGGAAACAGGUUAAUAAAAGAGGAUGUUAGGAUGCC